AUGCCCCCAGAGAGAGUACGCCGUCGUCCAGCAUGCCGAGAGUGUAGGCUGCAAAAAGUCAAAUGCAACGCCGCACCCCCCAGCUCUUGUACACGAUGUCGCCGAAUGCAACUCGAGUGUGUUAUUGCACCCACUCCGGCAUCUCGGCGGACCAAAUCCCAGCUGCAGAGAGAGCUUGAAGACUUCAGGCGCCGUGCCGAGCUGGAUCGGGAUGAGGGCAAUGGCAGCAGAUCGAACAGCCCCACAAGGCAAUCUGGGGAUGUUGAUGGAGCCUCGGCUUCGGCUCCGGUUUCUGUGCCUUUUAUGGUUGCGGACUCGGUUUCGGCUCCCUUAUUUGUUCCGGCUCUGACUCCAGCUUCAGAGGGUAUAGUUGCCGGGUUCUUCAGUUUAUAUGCUCCAUUCCUACCAAUUUUCAACAAUGCCGUAAUCAACCCAAACCAAUGCUUCGCACAGUCACCUUUCUUGUCGUGGGUCAUUGUCUAUAUAGGCAGCAGGCAUUAUGCUGGCGAUCCAACUUUGUUGGAGCGACUUGCCCCAAAGAUUAACUCAAUGGCAUUCGCAGCGCUUGAGAAACGAAACAAUCCUAUCCAGACAAUACAAGGCAUACUGCUGUUAUGUCAGUGGCCAACUCCGGUCGACACCAUGCACAGAGGCAUCAGCCUUGUCCUUGCAGGCGCGGCCCUCCAUCUCGCCAUGGUAGUUGGGCUACAUGUCACAGGCGUUGGACAGGAUUUUGCCAGGACGAUACUCGAUCGCAAUAGAUUCGACAGAGACAGUCGACGCAUGUUAUGGAGACAAUGUUGCACGACUUGCUAUAUAAUUGGGCUUGCUGAAGGAAUCAUGCCAUUAGGCUUGAAUGAUGCGCUCACUCUACCUGUUCAAUCAGAAGCAGAUGAUGGCGGGAGCAGCUGCGCGCUCGACUCUCCUCAAGAAACAAAAGUUUAUCUCAAAUUGUGUGAAAUCAUGAUUUGUGCAACCGAGGCCUUGAAAAGAGCGCACAGCGGAAGCGACUCCAAAGAUUCUUCAUCAUUGCUCUCUUGCAUUAGUCUCUUCGAUACACAAUUAACAAAAGCCGCAUUGCAAGUGCAGACAACUGUUGAUUCAGCAUUUCGCAAACCCGAAGGCUUCAUUUCUCUCUAUGCUGUUGCCUGCAACCUCGUCAAUAUGGUCUGUCAGCGGUCAGAAGCAGAAGAGAGCAUCCCGAAAAUUGCGCCUGCUUUCAUUCAGAAGACCAUUGUUCUAGCAUCCUGCACAAUUUUGAAGAUUCACCGCAGCGAGCUCGCGCCCCAUUUAGAUCUUGAGGCUGGGGAGCAGGCCUAUUUUGCUUCUAUAGUCUUUGCGCGUGAAGGAUCAAUACAAAAUAACGACCUAAGUGCCAGGGGUGCCACCAUAUUCAGCCAGCUAUGGAACAGUCAAAAGAUUUUCAAGGGCAAAGAUGGCAAAAUAGAUAGCUUGAGCAGCCGAAUCUCGAGUAGACUGUCCACAAGCGUUGUGUUCGACUGCCUAUGGUGGUGGCGACAGGAGUUUGGUGGAUCAGGGAAUCCCUAUGAGAACAGGCGACAACCCCAACGAGCGGAUGCGACUACUGGCAACAACGCUGGCGCUCUAGAUGUCCAGCAGACAGCUCCGCUAACUGAUGAGCCAUUUGUUGACUUUGACUGGGAUAUAAGUCUGAAUCUCAAUGAAUGGCCUUUAUGA